UGCCUCUGGGUAGCCGCGGGACCCUGUUCCCGCAGACGGGAAGUUGCGGCCGCCGGCAAGAGGACCGCACGCCACCGGGAGGCUGCGUGGGCCGCGCGGAGCGGACGCCGCGCCGUCGCCAGGGCUGUGGGCUGCCGCCGAUCGCGAAGCGCGGAGCAGACCGAGGAUUUGUGUGAGGAAGGCAGGCAUGGUGAGACCUAUUUCACUGACAGGAACACAGAGAGGGGACGCGUCUCUCUCUGAGUCUCUCGGCCAGUAAAAGCAGUCAAGCUGGAGCCCAAGGCCAGGUGUCCCGACUCACAGCGGGGGGCUCCCUGCACCAACCAUGAGCCGCCUGCUCUGGAAGAAGGUGGCCGGCGCCAAGGUCGCCUCAGGGCCAGUCCCAGCCACAGGACGCUGGGUCUCCAGCUCCGUCCUCGCCCCCGUGCCCGUCCCCAGCGACGGGCAGCCGCCGUCGCAAGUGCCCUCCUCAGAGAACAGGCAGCUGCGGCUCAACUCCUUGCUCAUCCAGAUGCUGUCGAGAGGGCUGCACGAGCAAAUCUUCGGGUGCGGAGGGGAGGCCCCCGACGAGGCCGCGGUGCAGCGCAGCAUCGAGCACCUGCAGAAGCACGGGCUCUGGGGGCAGCCGGCAACGCCCCUGCCAGACGUGGAGCUGCGCCUGCCCCGGCUCUUCGGGGGCAACCUGGACCAGCACUUCCGCCUCCUGGCCCAGAAGCAGAGCCUCCCUUACUUGGAGGCGGCCGCCUCGUUAUUGGAGGCCCAAUUGCCCCCCCAGCCCAGGAGCUGGGCCUGGGCGGAGGGCUGGACCCGGUACGGCCCCGAGGGGGAGGCCGAACCCGUGGCCAUCCCCGAGGAGCGGGCCCUGGUGUUCGACGUGGAGGUCUGCUUGUCAGAGGGAACCUGCCCCACUUUGGCGGUGGCCAUAUCCCCCUCGGCCUGGUAUUCCUGGUGCAGCCGGCGGCUGGUGGAAGAGCGUUACUCUUGGACCAGCCGGCUAUCGCCGGCUGACCUAAUCCCCUUGGAGGUCUCUGCUAGUGCCAGCAGCUCCACCCAGCAGGACUGGCAGGAACAGUUAGUGGUGGGGCACAAUGUUUCCUUUGACCGAGCCCAUAUCAGAGAGCAGUAUCUGAUUCAGGGCUCCCGCAUGCGCUUUCUGGACACUAUGAGCAUGCACAUGGCCAUCUCAGGGCUGAGCAGCUUCCAGCGCAGUCUGUGGAUGGGAGCCAAGCAGGGCAAGCACAAGACCCAAGGCCUCACACAGCGAGGUCAGAAGUCCCAGAGGAAAGCCAAUGGUCCAGCGAUUUCAUCCUGGGACUGGAUGGACAUCAGCAGUGCCAAUAAUCUUGCAGACGUGCACAGCCUUUACGUAGGGGGACCUCCCUUAGAGAAGGAGCCUCGGGAACUGUUCAUCAGAGGCACCAUGAGGGAUAUCCGGGAGAACUUUCAGGAUCUGAUGCAGUACUGUGCCCGUGAUGUGUGGGCCACCUAUGAGGUUUUCCAGCAGCAGCUGCCACUCUUCUUAGAGAGGUGUCCCCACCCAGUGACUCUGGCUGGCAUGCUAGAGAUGGGUGUCUCGUACCUGCCUGUCAACCAGAACUGGGAGCGUUACCUGGCAGAGACACAGAGCACCUAUGAGGAGCUGCAGCGGGAGAUGAAGAAGUCGCUGAUGGAUCUGGCUAAUGAUGCCUGCCAGUUGCUCUCUGGAGAGAGGUACAAAGAAGAUCCUUGGCUCUGGGACCUAGAGUGGGAUUUGCAGGAGUUUAAGCAGAAAAAGGCAAAGAAGGUGAAGAAGCCAGCCUCAGCCAGCAAGUUGCCCAUCGAGGGAGCUGGGCCUUUUGGGGAUCCCACGGAUCAGGAAGAUCCUGGACCACUCAGUGAGGAGGAGGAGCUUCAGCAAGAUGUAAUGGCCUGUGCCCGCUUACAGCAGCUGAAGAGCACCACAGACCUCCUGCCUAAGCGGCCCCAGCACCUUCCGGGACACCCUGGGUGGUACCGGAAGCUCUGCCCUCGGCUCGAUGACCCUGCAUGGACUCCAGGCCCCAGCCUCCUCAGCCUGCAGAUGCGGGUCACUCCUAAGCUCAUGGCACUGACCUGGGAUGGUUUUCCUCUACACUACUCAGACUCCCAUGGUUGGGGCUACCUGGUGCCUGGGCGGCGGGAUAAUGUGACUGAGCUGCCAAUGAACCCCGCCGCAGAGCCGGCUGGAGUAGCGUGCCCCUACAGAGCCAUCGAGUCCUUGUACAGGAAGCACUGCCUUGAACAGGGGAAGCAGCAGUUGGAGACCCAGGAGAUAGACCUGGCUGAGGAGUUCUUACUCACUGACAGCGCCAUGUGGCAGACGGUAGAAGAGCUGGGCUGCUUAGAUGUGGAGGCUGAGGCCAAGAUGGAGAAUUCACGGCCGGGUCAAUCCCUCGCUCCGCCUGCUGUUUGUGCCCCCAAAUCCAGCCAGCCCACUUACCACCAUGGCAAUGGACCGUAUAAUGAUGUGGAUAUCCCCGGUUGCUGGUUUUUCAAGCUGCCUCACAAGGAUGGCAACAACUACAAUGUGGGAAGUCCCUUUGCCAAAGAUUUCCUGCCUAAGAUGGAAGAUGGCACCCUGCAGGCUGGCCCAGGAGGUGCCAGUGGACCCCGUGCCCUGGAAAUAAAUAAAAUGAUUUCUUUUUGGAGGAAUGCUCAUAAACGUAUCAGCUCUCAGAUGGUGGUAUGGCUCCCCAGGUCAGCUCUGCCCCGUGCUGUAACCAGACACCUUAACUUCGAUGAGGAAGGCCGCUAUGGGGCCAUCCUGCCCCAGGUGGUAACUGCUGGUACCAUCACCCGCCGAGCUGUGGAGCCCACAUGGCUCACUGCCAGCAAUGCUCGGCCUGACCGAGUAGGCAGUGAGUUGAAAGCCAUGGUGCAGGCUCCACCUGGCUAUGUCCUCGUGGGUGCUGAUGUGGACUCACAGGAGCUGUGGAUUGCAGCGAUACUUGGAGAUGCUCACUUUGCUGGUAUGCAUGGCUGCACGGCCUUUGGCUGGAUGACACUACAGGGCAGGAAGAGCAGGGGCACUGAUCUACACAGUAAGACAGCCACCACUGUAGGCAUCAGCCGAGAGCAUGCUAAAGUCUUCAACUACGGCCGUAUCUAUGGGGCUGGGCAGUCCUUUGCUGAGCGCCUACUGAUGCAGUUCAACCACAGGCUCACAAGGCAGGAGGCAGCUGAGAAGGCCCAGCAGAUGUAUGCCAUCACAAAGGGCCUCCGCCGGUAUCGGCUGUCAGAGGAGGGCGAGUGGCUGGUGAGACAGUUGGCCCUCCCUGUGGACAAGACUGAGGAUGGCUGGGUUUCCCUCCAGGAUCUUCGAAUGAUCCGAAGAGAAGCUUCAAGGAAGUCACGCUGGAAGAAGUGGGAGGUGGCUGCUGAGCGAGCAUGGACAGGGGGCACAGAGUCAGAAAUGUUUAAUAAGCUGGAGAGCAUUGCCAUGUCUGACACCCCACGUACCCCAGUGCUGGGCUGCUGCAUCAGCAGAGCCCUGGAGCCCUCAGUUGUCCAGGGAGAGUUUAUGACUAGCCGUGUGAACUGGGUGGUGCAGAGCUCUGCUGUGGACUACUUACACCUCAUGCUUGUGGCCAUGAAGUGGCUGUUUGAGGAAUUUGCCAUUGACGGGCGCUUCUGCAUCAGCAUCCAUGAUGAGGUUCGUUACCUGGUACGAGAGGAGGACCGCUACCGUGCUGCCCUGGCACUGCAGAUCACCAACCUCUUGACCAGGUGCAUGUUUGCCUACAAGCUGGGUCUGAAUGAUCUGCCCCAGUCAGUCGCCUUUUUCAGUGCAGUAGAUAUUGACCAGUGCCUCAGGAAGGAAGUGACCAUGGACUGUAAAACUCCUUCUAACCCAACUGGGCUGGAAAGGAGAUACGGGAUUCCCCAGGGUGAAGCACUGGAUAUUUACCAGAUAAUUGAACUCACCAAAGGCUCCUUGGAAAAACGAAGCCAGCCUGGAUCCUAGCUCUGCCUGGAGACUCUGUAUUUGCUCCUGUGGAGCUUCAUUGGAGCGUUGCUGGUUCCUAAACUCAGGCUUUCAGAUGUGCUUUAGCAGAAGGGCAUGCCUCCUAGGGCAGCCAUUCUCUGUAACAGGGCCUGUCCAGAAGAGUCGUCCUGACUGAUGGCACAGUUCAGUGUGUUCAGUACCAGGACACCAAAAUCAGUGCAGGCUGAAUGACAAGGGGUGCUGUUGGGCACAAAAGAAGCAGAUGCCCCAAAGGUCACAUUAACUCAGGCAUUUCUUCCUUUUCUUCUUGGCUGGUUCUCUGUCCUGCUGUGUGUAUGCUGAUGCAGUGCCCUAGAAGGGGAGAGUAGAAGCUCUGAUACCCUGGCCUAAGGUGAUGGGAAUAAAAGCAAACACCAAAA